AUGUCUUUAAAUCUGUCAUCCCAUCGGAAAAAGGCUUUGCUUAUCGGUAGCCCCUACGGUGGUCUCCAAGGCGUUUCUAACGACUUGAAUCUCAUGUCAACCAUGCUGGAAAACAGAGGGUUCACCAUCACUAAAUGCUUUGGUGAAAAAGCGACUCGGGAUGGUAUCAGAGCGUACUGGUUAUCCCUCAUACAGUCACUAGAUCCAGAGGACACUGUUGUCCUAUACUACUCAGGUCACGGAUCCGUUGUGAAGGCGCCCGAAGAGGCACCAGAUAAAGUGAAUUCACCGCGACCCAGGUAUCAUCAACUGCUCGUUCCAAUGGACUACCAUGAAAGCCCAACUGAGGACUUUCGUGGGAUACUCGAAGUUGAGCUCAUAGACCUCCUCCGCCAAACGACGGAUAUUACGACCAACGUCACGGCCAUCUUCGAUUGCUGCCAUGCGGCAAAUAUCGCUAGGGACCCUAUUAAUGCUCGCAAUCCACGUUACAAGUGUAUACCGCGGCAAAGGCUUAGUUUAUUGGGGUACAUCGAGAGACUAAAGCAAGAGGGAUACUUGCAAGGCGACGUCGACGCCGAGGAAAACCCGCACGCGGUUCGGAUAUACGCGUCUGAUGUCCACUCUUCAGCCUAUGAAUACCAAAAUAAUGAUGGCAUACAAUACAGUAUCAUGACUGAGUUCUUGGUCAGUGAGAUUAAUAAGUUGGAAAACAGGUACUCGUCGUGGAAAGCCACAAUGGCAAAGGUCAGAGAGCAAGUGGCCAAGAUGUUUCCCUCUCAGCGUCCUCACGUUUGUGGCCCGCACCAUCGAUUGUACUUUUCAAUGGAGGAACGGCGAUCGACUGGCUACCAUCUUGUCACGAGAGGCGACAACGUCAUUCUUCAGGCAGGACGACUGGCUGGGGUGAACAUUGGUGAUGAGUACGCUAUCUGGCCGUCUGGGCGUGGUGAUCAUGGAACGAGCCUCUUGGGAGAGGGUACAGUUUCCAGUAUGUGUGGAUCCGAAGCUGCACUCCGCGUCAAAUGGCAAGGAGAUGCUAUCUUGCCUCCAGGAGGAGCAUGGGCAUAUCUCCAAACAGCUGCCCCAGUUCCCACGUGGCCAAUUCAACUUCCAGAAGGAUUGAAGACACUCGAUGCAGCUAUCCUGGAAUCCACCAUACUUCGACGUUGGAGGCCCGAGGAAAGUCAGGAUCCAUUGUUAACGAUGGAACUUCGAGACAAAGAAGUUGUCCUAUAUAACACCGAAGGCGUUCAAGUUGGGUGCAUGAAUAUCUCAAGCAACCAUUUUAGGGACUUGGUCCAGGCAGCUGAACAGAUAGCCUGCUCGCAGCAUCUCCUCAACCUUCAAUGCAAUGAUGAUCGAGAGAGAUUUGUGCAUGAUCUUCGGAUUUCUCUGCGCCCCUUGGACGAAGACGGUGUGCGCAUUCCCGAGGAAGGCGAAAUCUACUUCCGUCUAGCGAACCACGGCCCUGAGAGACUUUUUGUCCACGCUUUCUAUGUCAAUGUGGCUGGUAUUAUUACACUGAUUGAACAAAGGUCGUUUGGAACUCGUGAGAGCGCAACAUUGGGCGAGAACUGGUUGCGGGUAGACAGAGGUAUACAACUUAUGUGGCCCGUUGGGGUGCCUCGGACGUGCCCAAUCACCGAGCAUAUGGUGCUCCUGAUAACGGAUCGAGACAUAGAUCUGAGUGCUCUUGAAACAGGAAGCGCACCACUGCGCAAUGCUAAAAAGCCCGUGGAGCUUUCUCGAGUUCGCUAUGACAUUGUGCAUGAAUCGUUCAAGGUUAUGCCUCGUGCAAAGAACUCGGAUGCUCCAUCUAGCUAG